UUCACCUGCCCCUCAGCACACUGGCUCAGCGGCGUGGUGAUCAGCGUGGGUGCAUGUGAUCCCGGUAUCUGGCGGGCGGCGCGAGGGUGAGAGGAAGCAUGUGUUGGAAGCAGCGUUUCUGUGCCACCAUCCUCUUCCUCUUCUGUGGCGCUGGCGGAGGCGGGAGGAGAGAAGUGGCAGGCGAGGAGGUGAAAGUACUGGGAAUGCAGCUGGAUCUGGAAGCACCCUCCCGGCCAGACGUCGUGGCCACCUACAACCUCUCCCUCAAGUUUCCAGAGGGCGGAGAGGCGUCAGAGAUGAGUGUGUGUUACUGGGCCAAGCCUGACACUCUGACCAGCUACGAGACCCACCUGUCCCUCGCUGCCUCAGACUACGAGAACGACAUCCUCCACCUGUAUCGGCGCGGCGGCCAGCUUGGGUUUUACUACAAUGGCGUGAGGCAGCUGGGAUUCCCUCACCUCGUCACUGCCAUUGACCUGCACACGUGGAAGCAUUACUGCCACGUGUUCUACCAAGGGGAGUACGCGGUGUACAUAGGCGGGGAGGAGCUGGGAGGAGGCACCAUUGCCACUUCCCGGGUGCCGGUGCCCCUGCGAGGCGUGAUUGCUCUGGGUCAGGAGCAGGACCUGUUGGCAGGCGGAUAUGACCCAGACCAGAGCUACCGCGGCCGCCUCGCGCUCAUGAACAUCUACAGCAGACGCGUCACUGAAGCAGAAAUCAAGCAGCAAGCUUCCUGCGGUAUUGUUGCUUCUGGAGACAUUUUUUCAUUAGAAAGAGACGAGAUGACGCUGACCAAUGUCACCAUUGAGCUUCACGAGGCUAAGGAGUUUUGUGAAGCGUCUGUCGAUUACGUUAUUUUUCCCGAACGCAGAAAUCUGCCGGAUUCCUUGCAGGCGUGUCGCAGAGUCGGCUACGACAUGUACAGCCCUUCCACCCACACUCAAAACACCGCCCUCUUCAAUGAGUCUCUCCUCUUUAGUUCCGAAUGCUUGGCCAACAACUACCACCUGUGGGUGGGCGCCACCGACAGAGAGCAAGAGAACGUGUGGCGCAAAUUCAUCGACGGAACAAUAGUUACAGACCCUCCCUUCGAACAGAAUGAACCCAAUGGUGGGGACGGAGAGGACUGCAUCCUGAUGUUCCUGCUGAGCGGCCUGUGGGUGGACACGUCCUGCAGCAUCAAGUGGGCCGCCUGUGUGCCCUGCCAGGUGUCAUACUCCAAACCCCUCCGUCUUCGUGGCCUUUGUUCCCCGAGUGAGGCCGAGACAUUCUAUGAAGUGCUUGGCUACAAGAGCGAGAAGCCUUACUUCCACGGCUACUACGGCAACUUAGUGUACAGGAGGGAAGGAGUAGAAUGGGAGAUGUACGACCUGGCGCACAGUGCGGUGGUUGCCACCACUACACUCCUUUCAGAAGACUCUUACCCUCUUGGACGCCACCGCUGGACCUUGAGACGCGGCAUCUGCAAGCUUCCUCCUAACGCUGAGAUCACUCUCAGCUUCUCCGUCUGUGCCAACACUGAGUUCGCUUGCUCCAAUGGGGACUGCAUUGCCAAGAAGUAUCGCUGUGACGGCAACAACAACUGUCCAGAUUUCUCGGACGAGGACGACUGUCAAAUGUUGGUGCUGCCCCGCGGUUACCGCCCCACCCAGCCGCCCACCAACACACAAGGCACUCGGCCUCUCCUUCUCGGCUCAGUGGUUCGCAUUCUUCGCAUCACGAGGAUCAGUGACGUGCGGCGGGCGAUUGACGUAGAGAUGAGCCUCGACCUGCAGUGGCCGGACCCGAGGAUCACCUAUCUCAACCUCGGCGACACACUGGAGUGGAACAAACUGACUGAAAAUGAAACCAAAAACAUAUGGAAGCCGAGGCUGGCCUUCCCAAAUGUUUAUGACGGGAAGAUCAACUUGAUACAAGAAGAGUUUAGCGUCAGGAAGCUGAAAGGACCACUGCCACCUCAGUACAAUGACGAGAAGAUGGAUAUUGCGUUUGGCGGCGACGCGGCUCUGGUGGUGCAGCAGCAACACUUCAGGUGCUGCGCGAGGCCUCCUGCUUCACCUUUACGUGGGAUUCUAAUGUGAAAUGAAACUCAGGGAAAAAAGAUUGUCUGUUAGUUUGACUCGCACUCACACUCAUUUGCCAAGGUCAUCCUCAUCAUCAUCUCAUCAUCAACAAUUUCAAGUCCAUGCACUCACAUCCUCCCUCCACU